AUGGCGGGUGCCUCCAAUCGAUGUGCCUUUGAUCCAACUGUCCCGGGUCCAAAUCUGCCUCGGACCCAUAUCAAUCUCGAGGAAAUUGAGCACGCGGCUAGGGUUUUGCGCGACUGCUCUGGCGUGUUCCAAUCAUACAAAGGCGUUUUUGGAGGCAAUGAGCCUUUGGCCCCAAGAUUAAUCGACCCACCCAACGAGGAGUUGGAAGAUGUCCUUGUCAAGCUCUUUGGGGGCCCUCCGACAUGUUCAGCCGAUCUUGAAACCCCUGGUGCCCCAUCCCAGGAAUCUCAAUCCCAGGGCAUUGUACGAUGGUCAGAGAUUCUCAGUAAACAGAUGGGCAGCCGCGAUUUCGAGAUCCAAUCAAAUGGCACCUAUUGGUGUCGCGUCAAGGGACUCAUCGUCAAUGUAUCUGAAGAGAACUACCGCAUGAUUCUUUCCGGCCUACCCCAGCGGAUGGUCAAACCCUGGUCACAUUUGCAGCCGGAGACAGAGCGUGAUUUGGCCCAUAAACUGAGCGCAAGAUUCUCCCAAUGCUAUGGUAUUGUUCUGGAUUUAUCUCUGGUGCUACAGCGUUUUAUCAGUGACUUGGAAAAUAGACUCGAUGAGCCUACGAGUAUGUCCGAGCGAGAUGAAUCUCCCAUGAAUAUCUCUUCGUCUUGGCAAAAACGAGAAAUAUUGCCUGGAAUCAAUGAAUCAGAACGAAUCACCCUUGGUGGCGAGGAAGGGGGCGCUAAUCUACGGGCGAGAGACUCGCUUUCUUGCUCAACCGGGUCUGAUAUCCCUUUCGACACUCCCGCGACACCCCCGUCAAAGCCUCAAGCUCGAAAACGGGCUCGCCGGUCAACUCGGCACUCAUCGGCGUCCAAUCGGAUUUUUAAAGCGCCUGUAUCUUCCACAAUUUCUCGAGACACAUGCAGAGUGUGGGAUAAAACAACUACAGGAGGAUCCAAAGUUCCAAAUUGCCCUACAGCAUCGAGCAAAGCACCAGGAAUCCCAGGGCAAUUAUAUUCCGAACAGGAACUAGCUGAGGGGCUUGGUUUCUUGCAGCCUCUCAUUGACCAGGGAGCUGACAUCGACACAAUUACGGCCGCGUACGAAUCCAAGUUCAAGAUUAGUCGAACUUACCGUGGGCUCAAGGACAAAUUCAAACUACCACCCGGAAAGCAAUUAGCAAAAGCGAGGCUAUUUCCAAAGGUCUCAAGGUCUCCAUGUUCUGACCGAGAGCUGGCCGACGGGCCUAAUUUUUUGCACUCUCUUGUCGACCAAGAGGUUGACAUGGAUGCAACUACAGCUACGCACGGAUCCGCGUUCAAGAGCAAGGAGCCUAAAAUAGCAAAUGAAUCCACGGAUGAAAACGGUUCACCCGAAAGACCGAAUGACUCAAGCAGGUACACCAAGCUCGAGACCGAUGAAGGAUAUGACUUCUUAAAAGGUCUCAUUGACGAUAAAGCUGGUGCGGAUGAAAUUGUGAAGGCAUACAAAGCAAAGUUCGGGAUCAGCCGAAGUUAUUUAGGUCUUUUGUUAAAGUUUCAGUUACGCCACUUGAACCCGCCAAAGGGUUCGAAGUUUUAUCCUCGAUAUUCUGAUCAAGAGUAUGCCGAAGGACCUGCCUUUGUGGUUUCUCUUAUCCAACGGGGGGCUGAUGUGGAUGCGAUUGAGAAUGCGUAUGAAGAAAAGUUUGGAGUUCGUCGAACCUACCUAGCAAUUCGGUGCAAACUACGCCUGCCGUCUUCAUUGAACGGGGUCCAGAGGGAAAACAAAGAAAACACCACGCUACAUACUGACUCCGAUGAUUCGGACUUUUAG